GCCAUUCCCAUCUUCCGGAGAAACCCUAGCACGGGAGCGGAAGAGGAGACGACGAUGGUGUCUCUCAAGCUUCAGAAGCGGCUGGCCGCUAGCGUUCUAAAGUGCGGCAAGGGCAAGGUCUGGCUCGAUCCCAAUGAAACUAACGAGAUCUCCAUGGCCAAUUCUCGCCAAAACAUCAGAAAGCUGGUGAAGGAUGGGUUUGUUAUCCGGAAGCCCACUAAAAUCCAUUCUCGGUCUCGUGCUCGUCGAGCCCUUGAGGCUAAGAGGAAAGGACGGCAUUCUGGAUAUGGUAAACGUAAGGGUACCAGGGAAGCUAGGCUUCCAACUAAGAUUCUUUGGAUGAGGAGAAUGCGAGUCCUGAGGCGUCUUCUGCGCAAGUAUAGGGAAUCAAAGAAGAUUGACAAACACAUGUAUCAUGACAUGUACAUGAAGGUGAAGGGUAAUGUCUUUAAGAACAAGAGGGUGUUGAUGGAAAGUAUUCACAAGUCCAAGGCUGAGAAGGCAAGAGAGAAGACUUUAUCUGAUCAGUUUGAAGCUAAGCGUGCCAAGAGCAAGGCUAGCCGGGAAAGGAAGAUUGCCAGGAGAGAAGAACGAUUGGCACAGGGCCCUGGCGAGAGAGUCCCACCAGCGGUAGCACCUCCUGCUUCAGCUGCAGAAGCCCCCAAGAAAUCGAAGAAGUGAGCCACGAAGAUCUAAAAUUGCUAGAUAUCAUAACCAGAAAAUUAAGCUUGUUUGAAAUUUUAUGGAAGGACAGUUGUUUUAUCCAGAUGUUUUGUUUGUUUAUGGGAGAUAUUUCUAUUACUGCAAGUUUUUGUUACAGACACAUCCAUAACCUUAUCAUGUUAGUACUUUUGUGUUUAUGUUUGCUGAUUUUUUGA